AUGACAAUAAUUCAUUACCAGAUUGGCAUCGGCGCUCAGGCACUCGAAAUCUGCCUUGCAAAAUGCGGCCACAUGGCAUGGCCUGAUCGACAAGGCUAUCUGAAACGUGAGCUGCAGGGGGUUUACGCCAUUGGCGGUAUCCUUGUCAAAUGCGUAAACGUGGGAAAAAAGCCUAGACCUUGA